AUGAGCUUCGAGGCUGGAUCGCGCUGCUUCCGAAAUGAGAUCAGAACGGAAAGCACUGUCACUUCCUCUGCAAUGGGCUGCAAUGAUAGAGGCAGGCGAUUGCACCUGAACUUCGGUCGCCUCUUGCCCUUUGUGUCGGGUCUGCGGAGCGGAUUCGACUCGUCCGCGCUCGCAGCAGGGGCUGCACGACAACAUGUGCACACUGGCGAGGCGGAGACAGGCGAGGGCAAAGUCAUGCAAGAAUUGGGCCAAGCGAGGUGCUCUGCGAAAUCUCGGCUUGGCUCGUCGCGCAGCAUCGCAACACUGAAACUCGGCGCCCACCGAGGCGAAUCCCGGCGACCGUGCUGCCAUUCUGCCCUGCUGCCCAUUCUGCGCGGCUGCCCGCCCGCCUCUGCGCGCUUCGCCUUCGCCUUAAUCAGCUGCCUUGGCGUAGAGCAGCUUGUCAAACCCCAACCGACACAUGCACGGCCAACAGCUGCUCAUUGCUCGGCUGCUCCGCGCUCUCAUUUUCGCCUGAACUCUGCUGCCCGCGGUCGGCAGGUGGCCAGCCCGCUUCUCGAGCUUCAAAGUGGACCGGUGCCGGACGAGGCCUCACUCCUCGCUGCGAACGAUUGCGAUCCCACCUCCUGGUUCCACUCAUCGCCGCCCGCUCGCCUUCCGUCCACCUCAUCACCAUCCAUCAACACCAUCCAGGGCGUGGUCGUCGCAAUCGCCUCCGCUCCGCACCGAAUCUGUGCCAUGUCGGCGACUCUCCAUAGCCAUCCUUACCGGCUCAGCCCUUCCGUCUCGUUGGCGGUCGAUGGUGCUGAUACGAGUCUUCAGCACAGUCAGAGCAACGCUUCCAACCUUUUCCAGCACGGCCUUUUGGCCCGAUCCCCCCAAUCGUCCAACGCUGCACGUCUUUCCCCUUUGCCGCAGGCAACCUCGCCAACAUCGCCCGUUGCUUCAUCUUCUAGGACCACAAUGGCCACGGCUUCCAGUUCUCCGCAACCUAAACCGGCUGCCGCCCUCGGAUCCGAGCUCUUCGAUGCCAUUGUUCAGGCAGCCGACCCCCGCCAUCCAGACCACGCCGCUUGGCAGGAACGGUACGGCUCGCUCUCCAACCGCUCGUCACGCGCCUCCUUCUCCUCCUCUUCCAAGCGCGACAAAGCUGGCCCGAAUCUCGCCGCCACAUCAAACUCUCGCAAGUCUCUGGACCAUCCCGAUGGGGCGACGAGGAGGAGGGGCGCCUCUCGCAAGGCAGGCGCACCCUUCGACCUUUCACGUAGCAACCACGCCGACUCGGCUGCGGGCUCGGAUGCCGAUGAUCCACUCCUACCCGCUUUCCUCUCCGGUGAUGACCGCUCCACUCCCGUUCGCGCCUCCUUCGAAGGCUCGAUGCACUCCAAUCGCUCUGCUUCCGUCGCAAGCUCCAGCCACCGACGCCGCAAUCGCAGACUGCGCGACGCUUCUCGACCCAAGCCGCUCCUCCCUCCCAUCCCGCCACCGCGUGUGACGAGCUCCACCAACUGGCAGUCCACCUACGGCUCUCCCUCGCUUCCCACGCUCGCCUCCUCUUCCCGCAUCGACAACCACCCGUCAUCUUCUGGCACCGUCAGCGACAACCAGGACCACUUUGCCUUUCCAGCACCUGCAGAGCGUCUUCUUGCUUCUCCUGAUCUGCCGGCCUCAGUCCGCAUCGCCCAUCCGUACGCAUCGGCCAUGGCGGCUGAGCCCGCGCUCGAAAAGGUUUCGGCUCUGCCAACCAUGCCAUUCGCUCCAUUCGCCAACGGCAUAAACCCUAUCGGUCGCCCGCGCCAGCAUCCUGCUUCCUCCGAACUAUCCAUAUCCGCCAACCAGAGUCCCGCCCUCUCGCUGCCCGCAGCGGAUCAGCGAGAGCCCGUUCGCCCGUCUCAUACUGGCCACCAAAGGCGUCAGGAGUCGACGUCAACUUCGGGUCAUUCCAGCCAAGUUGGGGCCAUGCCAGCAUUCGCCUCUCACACUUCGCCGAACGGGGCCCUGACCCAGCAAUCGAGCUUCCUGCAUCUUCCCCGCUCCAAGUCCGCCAGCAAGCAAGUCGCUUCGCCCAGGAUCGGGCACACAACGCUCCCAGACCGACCAUCACGCCACGCAAAUAGGCCGGACGGCAUUGCACCUCCCAGAAAGUCUCUCAGCAAGAUCCGCCAGAUCCUCGGCAGCGACACGCCUGCCCUUGACGGUCCUCCUCUCCCCGAAAAGUCGCAGGCCCAACUGCAGCGGGCUGCCAACUCUGCCAACGAGAUACAAGACGCCGCGCCCUCUCUCCCUCCAAAGGGCGGCAGCUGGGCUGCUGCUCCACCACAAGAAGCGGCCACGCGGACGCCUCAGCCCGCUCAAGCGGGCCAGGAUGCUGAAGUGUCAAGAGAAGGCGUGGACAGCUCCAGCAAAUUCGGUCUCGCUGCCUUUCCUCUCCGUCGUGACGACGAGUUCCGAGCGAACGACAACGAGUUCGAAAUGUCCGAUGACUCCGAUGUCGAGCCAGAGCCUGAGGUUUCUCGGGUCGGUUUACCGCAGCUCUCGACCUCGUCUUUCCAUCAUCAGCAUGCGACGGCUCCUCGCAAGCCACAGAGAAAUCCCGGUGCUGUCCGUCGCAGUCUCGAUUCCAUCAUUUCACCCUUCCGCGCCGGACUCUUCAACGUGGGCGGUGGCUCCUCGAGCACUGGGAGGAAGAGUAACGCAUCCAACACCAAGGCUGGCCUCGCCGUCCCGGAACCCGAACCGAUCGCCGAAGGACGUCGAAGCUUUUCGGAUUCGCGCUUCGUGAGGCCCUUCCUGCCCCGCAAUCGCAACGCAACGCUGAAUGGGAACAGGCGCCCACUGAGCAAGGUCCUCGACCACCCGGAUGAUGAGAUCGAGGAUGUAAUGCAGGUGCUGGCCAGGCGUCAGGGCGAUGAGCACGACGCAUCCCUUGGCAUGUCGCCAGCUGCAGACGCUCAAGCUGCCUCAACCGAUGCACAUGCGAAGUCAGAUCUUCAGUCCGUCGAAUUCUCAUCUCGACGCAACCGCGCCAUCAACUUCGACCUGCCAAACUCGAAGCGGGUCCCGACUGGCCCGUCUGCUGGAGGCCAUGGCAAUGCAAAUGGAGCGGAGGCCGGACAAAGGUCCUGGGAAGCCACGGCAGCUCCAGGGUGGGCAGAUGCUUCGAUGCCGAGCAUGUCCAGCUCGCGAAGCAUGGCAAGCACUUUCAGUCGAUCUACAAACAACUUGCACGAUGGUGGCGACUCGCCUUUUGAAGCGUUCGCUCGCAACGCCACGCUCUCCAUCCAGCAGCAGUCCCCGCGAGGCAGAUUCGGCGGCUUCUUUUCCAAGGUCAAGGGCUCGGUAACGCCAAAGGGAACACCUAAUCUACCUUCGAACGAGUUCUCCGCUUCAUCUGGACCGUCGACGAUCAAUCAUCAGCAGAACGAUUCGCCACAGGCAUCUCCCGUGGCCAUGAUCGGAACUUCCAAGAGAGCCGAGCGACCGUUUCGCGCUAGAGUCAAGUCUCUGACCUCGCCUCGGGGUCUGUCAUCUUCGCGCAACAACGACAAUGCUGCCAUCGUUCCUGCAGUUCCGGCGAUCCCGAGCCAAUUCGUCGACCUCCCCACGGAGGACGACAGAUACGUACGCGCGGCGUCGGUUGGCCCGACGCUCACCAACAGCAGCACUGCCAGCAGUCAGGCUAUGCAAAUGCCUGCUUCCAUGUCGGCCACAUUUGCAUCCCCUGGGUGGGAGCACACGCAGUCCGUAUGGGAGGAAUCGCCGCAGAUCCCAACCUCAUCUACAUUCCCGUCGACCGACAAGUCGUCCCGCUCGCUCGGCAGAUUGCUGCGCAGGAAGAAGACACAGGAGAAUCUGGACGCGGUCAUCGAGAGCUUCGUGCCCCUGCCACCUAAAAUGUCGCAUGCCGACGCGGCAGACGAGGCAGCGCCCAGGUCAUCCAUGUCGUCUGUCCGAGGAUUUGACGUCGUCGACCCGGCCGAACCGGCUUCGAGCCUGGGACAGACGCGCACCACUAUCCGCAAGACGCUGAGCCCGGCACUGCUGAGCGAUUCGCCUCAUCAAGGAAUCGACGAAGCGCUCGAAGACGAAGUGGCCAGCUCGCUCGGCCAUGGCGUUGCUGGAGCCAGACUUGACGUCGAUGCAGACGUUCGGAAGGGCAGCGAAGCAGCAGCUGCGCGGGAGACAUCGGAAGCCGACGAUGUUGCUGAAGAGCUCAGCGAGUUGCCCGGUGAUUCGCAGCGCUUUCGAUCGCCUCUGGGACGCUUCAUCCGCAGCAACGCACCGGGCGAUCGUCUAUCGCGCGUUGAAGAACUCAGCGAGCGUCUUUCGCAUAUCGCAGACCCCACCGAUACAGGCGCCCUGCGAGGUCCUGUGUCAUUGCCGACAUCGCCGAAUCCGCGCUCCUUCGGCGAGCAUCGAUCAGUGCGCAGAAGCGUCAGUGGCAAUGUGCGAGGCCAGGCGGUACCCCCGCCGACGCUCGAGCUCGCUGGCGUCCGGGAGAGUCGACUCAGAAAUGCCAGUCUGGACAUUGUCCGCAACGGGACCGCUUACGAGGCCGCUUCCUCGCGGCCCGCCGCGCUUGAAUCGCCAGCCUCGCUCGGCUCAACGGUUGCGAGUUCUCCGGCCGCAGGCAGGUCGGCGAUGACGCCCAAGAGCCCGGGGUCAAUGGCCAUGUUUGGCGAGCAGUUGACGCCUUCGUGGCGGUCGACGAGCUUCAGCACGGCGCGCACCGGACGAACAUCGUUCUCCCAGGACCGGGACAGAGCACCUGUGGCGAGUCCGAUCAGCCCUCCGAUGCCUUCGAGUCGAGGCGCCGGUGUGAGCCAGGCCAUCAAGCGGCUCGGCAUUAAGGGGAAGAGCAAGAAGACCGGCAAAGGCAUCGGUCCGUCCGACGUGAUUGUGCUGGACUACGACGAGGAUGAAACGGCCGAGGAUGCGCUGCGAGAAGCGGCGGCACGACCAUCCAUGUCGCUUGAGCCGCGCCCGUCCUUCGGCGGAGGGGCACGGCCGUCAUUCAGCAACUUGGCUCGACCGUCUUUCGGAGGCGGCGCACGGCCGAGCAUCGAAGUCACGGGCCGCAACAGCCUGGUCGCAGCCGAGAUGGUGACUAAGCUCCUGGAGGUCGAAGCGAGCGGGCUGAUCCCGAGCCCGGUGACCCCCUCGUUCGGCAGCAACGGACUUGGCCAGCACAGCCAGAGCGACUUUGCCAAGAGCACAACGUCGCUGGGCCGUAAAGGGGCCGAAAGCGACGCCGGUCUUGGAGCAGCAGAAGUUGCUGGUCUCGGCAUCGGAAGUGUACAGUGGUGCGAGGGGAUGCCGCUGCACAAGGCCGAGAGUGGCGAAGCUAUGGCGAGCGCGUCGGCUUCAGACGGCACCUACACUUCGCAAGGUGUACAGACUCCCGAGAACGCAUCGCUCUCCCACAGCGCGUCGAUGCAAAUGCUUCCCAAGUCGGACAUGGCAUGGGCUGGCACUGAUGGAGAUACGGACGCAACGCCCUCGACGCCCGGCUUGCCCCCGCCCAAGUCUUCCGAACUGGUGGCUCUCGAGGCUCUGCUGGGACGCUUCCCGCAGCAGCAGAAGGAAUUGCUGCAGGACAUUUCCGCGCGCGUCGCCAAGACGCCCAAGAUGGACAAGCGGGGAGGAUGGGAUAGCCGCGAAGACGUCGCAAGCUCCUGA